AUGUGGUUGAAGCACCAAGAAUUAUUUCUGCACGAAAUGAUCCGUCUUGAAGGAAGAUGUAAUAGACUUGGCGCUCAAUCUUGCUCAGAGUGUAAUUGUCCCAGCCCAGAGUAUAGGUGUCAGGACUGCUUAGGGUCAGAGAUCUAUUGUUCACCUUGCAUCCUGUUGGCUCAUGUGCGCCACCCGCUUCACCGAUUGGAGAAAUGGAACGGUCAAUACUUCGAGCGAAUCUCUCUGAAAACCCUGGGCCUUCGUGUCCAGCUUGGCCACACCACUGGCCUGAAAUGUUUUAACCCUCGUUGCGCAUUCAAUGAUGAUUUUAUUGUUGUCAACACCCACAGCAUACAUGAAGUAUCUCUCGACUUCUGCAAUUGCGCAACAGCCCAAAGCCAUAUACAACAGCUACUUCAAAUAUCAUGGUUUCCUCCGACAAUGUCAGAUCCAAAAACUGCUGCAACAUUCCGCGUUCUUGAACACUAUCACCUACUCUCAUUUGAGUCAAAAGUAUCUGCCUUCGAAUUUUACAAUGCGCUCAGCUGGAUGUCCGAUAACACUGGCUUACUUCCCAUCAAGGAUCGGUAUGAUUCGUUUACACGGAUGAUAUGCGAGUGGCGCCACUUGAAGAUGCUUAAGCACUCAGGGCGAGGUCAUGAUCCCAGUGGUGUAGAUGGGACAGUUGAGGGUGAAUGUACUGUAUUGUGCCUGGCAUGCCCACACCCAGGGAAGAAUCUCCCAGCCGGUUGGAAAGAUGCUCCUCAACAGUGGCUAUAUGGAUUAUUCCUCGCUAUAGAUGUGAACUUCUGCUUAAAACGCAAAGCUGUUUCAAGUGACAAUGUUGACCCAAGCCUGAGUCAUGGCUGGGGAUAUUUUGUCGAGGAUAAAGCAUAUAAAGAUUUCUUGCACAGCGGUGCAGACAGCGUCCAGGAGAAAUCAACGUGUUCAAGUCACAAUGCUGUAAACAUGGCCGAUACAAAAUCUAACCGUGGACUCGCUACCACUGGUUUAGGUACUGUCGACUGUGCCCGCCAUAACAUGAAACUGCCCAAUGCCGUUGGGGAUCUUCAAAAGGGUGAAAGAUAUAUUAACAUGGGCUACUUGUUUUUCUCAGCACUAUGUCAUACUGUACUCGACACUCUCAAUGUAUCCUACAACAUCGCAUGCCAGUGGCACAAAAAAUUAUGGCACCACAUGAGUGCCUUUCCGAUUUCGAUGCAUCUCUCGCAUGCCGUCAAGACAAUCUCAUUUUUCAUGCUGAAGUUCCACCUUCCCGCUCAUAUUGAGCAGUGCCAAACAUCAUUUUCAUUCAAUUUCAAGAACAGGGUAGGCAGGACUGACGGAGAAGCACCAGAACGUGGCUGGGCCAACAUCAACCCCAUCGCUUCAAGCACCAAAGAAAUGGGGCCUGGCGCACGGCGAGACACCCUUGAUGACUACUUCAGAGACUCAAAUUGGAAAAAGGUUGUUAGACUUGGUCAUACUAUGCUUCACAAGAUAAAGAAUGCAUUCCCAGAGCGCGAGAACCAUCGUGAAGCCUUCGAGGACCUCAAUGAUGGUUUGCGAGGUGAAUAUGGCGCCGCCCUCAAACAAUGGAGAGAACAAGUGGAGGCUUGGGAGUACGACUCUACACAGCCUAAUCCUUUCAAACAAAAGGCAGAAAGUAAGCACGAGACAAUGAUGGUAAUGCUUAUGGAGGACGAGAUCGACCUUCAAACAGGAACUUGCCUUGCCCUACAUAAGGAUUGCAUGCCUAGCAUAUUAAUUAGUACUGGCUUAGAACUUGAGGAACAACAACAGCGAAUGAAAGCAAACAGAGCUGGCCUCGGAGUUCACACAACAGAUAAUCAAGAAGGGAAGAUGGUUCAGCAAAGCAACACUCUCCAACGGAGGAUUGAUACCUGGAUGAAGAUGCAGGAACUAUACAUGCCAUCACUCGCUGCACUAUGUGUGAGCGAGAGUUCAGUAUCUGGCAGCGUGACUGCUGCACCAGAAGCAAUCAAGCUCUGGCUGCCAUCCCAGAUCAGCAGGACCACACCUUGCAACAGCCGCCUCCAGGCCAUCGGAUGGAAGCUGCGGUAUGCACAAGGUCACGAUGCACUUCGCUCUCUCCGUUCAAACUUACGUGCUCAGACUGCAAUCCUCAAGUACAAGGACCGCAACCUCCGUGGACAAGGAGCAAACACAAGGGCAUGGAAUACAUUGAAAGCUGUUGAGGCGAGGAUUGAGGCUGCUGCCAGGACUUAUGAGUAUGCACAUAAAGCCCUUGUGGUUCUUUCACUGCGAGUGAAUCAGACUGGGUGGCACUCAUCACUGCGACCGCUAGACCGAGCUGACGUCCGCUCGAUGAUGGACUUAUUAUGGGGAGAAACAGAGGGAACGAGAAAGUUGUCAUGGAUUUGGAAUAUGCGGGGAGCAGCUGCCAACGAGAUCAACAAGGACAAUGCCUCAGAAGACAUGCGAAUAGAAUGGUGCAAAGCCAGGGCACGGGCGAUGCGCUGGACAGAAGAGGUAGAAUUGUUGAAGGAGGAGAUGCGAAGGAUUCUGCAAUUUUUGGAAUGGGACGCGCACCGCUGGGAUGAGCGGGGCCUGGAAAACACGUUAGAGGAUGCAGGUGAAGAUGAACGCGAGGGCCAUAUGGCAUACGCCAAACGUCAAGCUUCCUUACGUUGA